GUGAUUAGAAAGAGCAGUAGCAGCAGCAGCAGGAGAAGAUGCUGAGGAUGCGGACCGCGGGGUGGGCGCGCGGCUGGUGCCUGGGCUGCUGUCUCCUCUUGCCGCUCUCGCUCAGCCUGGCCGCCGCCAAGCAACUCCUCCGGUACCGGCUGGCCGAGGAGGGCCCAGCAGACGUCCGAAUCGGCAACGUCGCCUCGGACCUGGGCAUCGUGACGGGCUCGGGCGAGGUGACGUUCAGCCUCGAGUCAGGCUCGGAGUACCUGAAGAUCGACAACCUCACGGGAGAGCUGAGCACUAGUGAGCGGCGCAUCGACCGCGAGAAGCUGCCCCAGUGUCAGAUGAUCUUCGACGAGAACGAGUGCUUCCUGGACUUCGAGGUGUCGGUGAUCGGGCCCUCGCAGAGCUGGGUGGACCUGUUCGAAGGUCGGGUCAUCGUGCUGGACAUCAACGACAACACGCCCACCUUCCCGUCGCCGGUGCUCACGCUCACGGUGGAGGAGAACAGGCCGGUGGGCACUCUGUACCUGCUUCCCACCGCCACCGACCGCGACUUCGGCCGCAACGGCAUCGAGCGCUACGAGCUGCUCCAGGAACCCGGCGGAGGUGGCGGCGAGGGUCGGCGCGCCGGGCCUGCAGACAGCGCCCCCUACCCCGGGGGCGGCGGGAACGGCGCGAGCGGCGGCGGCGGCGGCGGCUCCAAGCGGCGGCUGGACGCGCCAGAGGGCGGUGGCGGGACUAACCCCGGGGGCCGCAGCAGCGUGUUCGAACUGCAGGUGGCCGACACCCCGGAUGGCGAGAAGCAGCCGCAGCUGAUCGUGAAGGGGGCGCUGGACCGCGAGCAGCGCGACUCCUACGAGCUGACCCUGCGGGUGCGCGACGGCGGCGACCCGCCCCGCUCCUCCCAGGCCAUCCUGCGGGUGCUCAUCACCGACGUGAACGACAACAGCCCCCGCUUCGAGAAGAGCGUGUACGAGGCAGAUCUGGCCGAGAACAGCGCCCCUGGGACCCCUAUUCUGCAGCUGCGUGCCACCGACCUGGACGUGGGGGUCAACGGGCAGAUCGAGUACGUGUUCGGGGCGGCUACAGAGUCCGUGAGGCGGCUGCUGCGCCUGGACGAGACGUCCGGUUGGCUCAGUGUCCUGCACCGAAUAGACCGCGAGGAGGUGAACCAGCUGCGCUUCACCGUCAUGGCCCGUGACCGCGGGCAGCCCCCCAAGACGGACAAAGCCACCGUGGUCCUCAUCAUCAAGGAUGAGAACGACAAUGUGCCGUCUAUUGAAAUCCGCAAGAUUGGGCGUAUCCCACUCAAGGACGGGGUGGCCAAUGUGGCCGAGGACGUUCUGGUGGACACUCCCAUCGCCCUGGUGCAGGUGUCGGACCGGGACCAAGGCGAGAAUGGUGUGGUCGCCUGCACCGUGGUGGGGGACGUGCCGUUCCAGCUCAAGCCGGCCAGCGACACAGAGGGCGACCAAAACAAGAAAAAGUACUUCCUGCACACCUCGGCCCCUUUGGACUAUGAGACCACCCGGGAGUUUAACGUGGUCAUAGUGGCGGUGGACUCCGGCGGCCCCAGCCUCUCCAGCAACAACUCCCUGAUUGUCAAGGUGGGAGACACCAACGACAACCCGCCUGUCUUCGGCCAGUCCGUGGUGGAGGUCUACUUUCCGGAGAACAACAUCCCUGGGGAGAGGGUGGCCACCGUGCUGGCGACAGACGCCGACAGCGGGAAAAACGCGGAGAUAGCUUACUCCCUGGACUCUUCGGUGAUGGGGAUUUUUGCCAUCGAUCCCGAUUCUGGGGACAUCCUGGUCAACACGGUGCUGGACCGCGAGCAGACUGACAGGUAUGAGUUUAAAGUUAACGCCAAAGACAAAGGCAUCCCGGUGCUGCAGGGCAGCACCACGGUGAUCGUGCAGGUGGCUGACAAGAAUGACAAUGACCCUAAGUUUAUGCAGGACGUCUUUACCUUUUACGUGAAAGAAAACUUGCAGCCCAACAGCCCCGUGGGGAUGGUCACGGUGAUGGAUGCUGACAAGGGGCGCAAUGCAGAGAUGAGCCUGUACAUCGAGGAAAACAGUAAUAUUUUUUCCAUUGAAAACGACACGGGGACCAUUUACUCUACAAUGUCUUUUGACCGGGAACAUCAGACCACAUACACAUUCAGAGUCAAGGCUGUGGACGGAGGAGAUCCUCCCAGAUCAGCCACAGCCACAGUAUCUCUCUUUGUUAUGGAUGAAAAUGACAAUGCUCCCACAAUUACUCUUCCCAAAAACAUUUCCUACACUUUACUGCCACCUUCAAGUAAUGUCAGGACAGUAGUAGCUACAGUGUUGGCAACAGACAGUGACGAUGGCAUCAAUGCAGACCUUAACUACAGCAUUGUGGGAGGGAAUCCCUUCAAGCUAUUUGAGAUUGAUUCCGCCAGUGGUGUGGUUUCCUUAGUGGGGAAACUCACCCAGAAGCAUUAUGGCUUGCACAGGUUGGUGGUGCAAGUGAAUGACAGCGGGCAGCCUUCCCAGUCCACCACGGCUCUGGUGCAUGUGUUUGUCAAUGAAAGUGUCUCCAACGCCACUGUGAUCGACUCCCAGAUAGCCAGAAGUUUGCACACCCCACUCACCCAGGAUAUAGCUGGUGACCCGAGCUAUGAAAUUAGCAAACAGAGACUCAGUAUCGUCAUCGGGGUGGUUGCUGGAAUUAUGACAGUGAUUCUAAUCAUCCUAAUUGUAGUGAUGGCAAGGUACUGCCGUUCCAAAAAUAAAAAUGGCUAUGAGGCUGGCAAAAAAGAUCACGAAGACUUUUUUACGCCCCAACAGCAUGACAAAUCUAAAAAGCCUAAAAAGGACAAGAAAAACAAAAAAUCAAAGCAGCCUCUCUACAGCAGCAUUGUCACUGUAGAAGCUUCUAAGCCAAAUGGACAGAGGUACGAUAGUGUCAAUGAGAAGCUGUCAGACAGCCCCAGCAUGGGCCGAUACCGGUCAGUCAAUGGUGGGCCUGGUAGUCCUGACCUGGCCAGGCAUUACAAAUCCAGUUCCCCAUUGCCUACUGUGCAGCUUCACCCCCAGUCACCAACCGCAGGAAAAAAACACCAAGCCGUACAAGAUCUACCACCAGCCAACACAUUUGUGGGAGCAGGAGACAACAUUUCCAUUGGAUCAGAUCACUGCUCUGAAUACAGCUGUCAAACCAAUAACAAGUACAGCAAACAGGUGGAUACAGUGCAGACCAAGAAUCCCCCUGGCCACAUUGAGGAAUCGUGUAAAAUGAAUGUAUGUGCUCGUAAGUGAAAAACACGUAAUGUUCCAACUCAGUGUGUUGGAUCCUAGUAAACCUGGAUUUGUCUUCUGUAAAAAGAAAUUGAUUUCCAAGGGGCAGGAUCCUUAGCUGAUUAAAGGAAACUCUAAUUUCGAAGAAAACAAAAAUGGCUUUAAAAUAAAUUCUUUGCCAAAAAAAUAGAGGAUCAAACUAUACUUUGCAAACAACUGAAAAAAAAAUCAAGCUUUCAACAUGGAAUAAAGGAGGGAUGUGAGAGAGGUUUUGCAAUCUUACCAUUACUAUGAAGAAACAGAAUCAGAUGCCAUCAUACUCAGGAAUAUGAAAAGAACAGGAAAUCCUUUUUCUUCGGUUUGCACUUGAAUGAACUCAAGCCAAGAGUGGAGAUGUGUAUCCCUUUACUGUUUAUAUAGUUAACGUGGAGAUUUCAUGUAGAUAUUAUUUCAUUUGCCUUGCUUAAACUAAUUGCAUUCAUUAUGAAGAGCUCACCUGAGCCUGUGCUAGGUCAACAAAGAAAAUGGACAUGUAUACCUCAGGGGUGAAUUCCCAGAAAAAUUAGACUAACACUAAUGUCAAUCAGGGAAUGUGACAAACUAGCAGACAUGAAAAAAAAAACAAAAUUUAGGUUCUUCUAAUACUUACUGAAACAUAGUUUCUUAUGGUAUAAAAGCAAAAGAUAGAUCACAAUACAUCCACAAUUUCUGAUUGAGUUUAAGGUGAACCCCAUAAGUAUUCAAGGAAUGUAGGGCCAUUAUAUCAAUAGGGAACUGGCCUUUAAGUGUGCGGUCCUAUGCACUCGUGUAUGCAAAGAGGGCUGUUUAUAGUAUUAAGGAUGAAUUGCAUGUGUGAAGUACCUCUUUGCAUCAUAGCUGUCUGUUCAGUUGAAGGCACUGUGUAAAUACGAAGUCUAACUUUUGUAUGGGUGUGAGUGUAUGUGUACGCUUUUGUGUGUGUAUAAGUGGAAGGUAGUAAAAUUUAAUGAUUGACAUUUGCACUUCGGUUUGUUACCUAGAAUGUAAAGAGGUAAACUGUCUCAAGCCAUUCAAAUGUGUUAUGAUGGUUGUUAAAGAUCAUUAUUCACAAGGGAAGCCAUGCCAAAAUGGAGUGAGUACUGCAGAGGCUCUCCAAUUCCAUAUAUUUAUUGCAAUUGAGCUGUGUAAAUUAAGACGGUAACAAUGUCUGAAAUAAUGAGAGGAAGGAAGCUCCUGUGAAAUUGGUUUGAAGAAGUUGAAAAGUCCAAUUAUCUCCUUUAGGCUAUUUUGCUCAAUGACAGAGGAUGUGAAUCAUGGAUGAGUUUAUAGAAUAGAUUUGAGAAACAUUUGUGUUUUAACUUAAUAUCUUUUAAAUCUACUAAUAAGUUACCUGUGUUUUUUAAAAAGUUUAUUCAACCUAAAUUAUGUAAAUAAUCAUAAUGGACACAGAUAAGAUCAUGAAUAUCUAACAUAGAUUAACAUUUUUAAAAUAUUUUAUUUUAUUUUAGACAGAGAGGAAGGGAGGGAGAAAGAGUGGAAGAGAAACAGUAAUGUGUGGUUGUCUCUUGCACACCCCCUACGGGGGAC